AAACGUGCUGGAGCUCCGAUCAACUAUUUUCACUUCAAUUCGGUUUGUUUUCACAAGUUCCAAUAUAUCUGGCCAUGCCUACUGUCGAUGACUGGGUAAACAACCCGCUGGGUAUCGUCGAUGGCAUAUUUGCUCAGAGCAACACUGAUCCAGCUUGGGAGAAGAAAGCUGUGGAGUAUUUUAAAGAGAAACUGAAAGUAAACGAUACACAGUGCUGGGUGCCCUCGCUGAAUGAUGUGCCCCUACACUACCUGAAGCCCAACAGCCUGGUGAAGUUCCGCUGUAUGGUGCAGGAUAUGUUCGAUCCUGAAUUCUUCAUGGGCGUUUAUGAGACAGUGGAUCCAGUGACAAAUGUGAAAGUGCUGAGAUGUGGAAAAUACAAAGAUGUCACUGACCCCGGUCAGGUGGAUUUCAACUCGUCAAAGAGUGUUACUUCUGAAAGACAGACUUUCUAUUGUGUCCCAAUACCAGGAGAAGCUCAGUGGGUGAAGGAAAGUUAUGCCAGCUCCAGUCAAGCCCGAGUUGUUCCCUCCACAUCCUACACCCCAAACAGACACAAACGCAGCUACGAGGAGGAUGAUGAGAUGGACACACAGCAGCAGACGGAAGUAAACUCAGGAUCUCAGAACGCAGUGGAUUCACAUAGGAACACGGACUCGAAACGUCAGGAAACAGAAGCUCCUAGUCAGGGCACCUCACUUUCACACUGCUCGUCCAACCUGGAUCUUAACUUCCCUCUGCCUGGAGAGAAAGGCCCAGCCUGCCUGGUUAAGGUAUAUGACGAAUGGGACAAAUUCAAACUGAACGACAUGCUGGAAGUCUUCGGCAUUCUAUCAGUCGAUCCUGCUCUCAGCCUGGUAGCUGAUGAUAAGGAAGUCUCAUCUCUGCUGGACCCUACAGAGAGCAUGGAGACUGUGGAGGAGCAGAGAGCUCACAGACCACCAGCCUCCCUCGUACCUCGCCUGCACAUGCUGCACGCCCAGCCGCUGCACCACAACAAUCCACUACUGCCCCCUGCAGUCGCAGACGUCAAAGGAGACUUUUUAAACAGCGUCCAGGGUGAGAUGGCUUCUGUCAGAGCGGAGCUGCUUGCUUACCUUACGCACGUCUUCCUCGGAGACGCGCUUGCUGCGGAGUACCUUAUUCUGCACCUCAUCUCCACUGUGUACGCCAGGCGAGACGUUCUUCCUCUGGGCAAAUUCACACUUAACGUAAGUGGCUGCCCACACAGCUCUCCAUACACAGAACAACUUUACCACGUCAUCCAGCAGCUUGUGCCAUCUUCAUACCGGUUAUGUAUGAGUCUUCACAACAUGAACAUUCAGCGCAUGGUGCCUCGUAAAGACUACACAGCCAACCGGCUGGUUAGUGGAUCUCUUCAGCUGGCGAGAAACACCUCCCUGGUCUUGGAUGAAACACAGCUUGAGCAAGGCCAGCUGGACACUGCAGGUGUGCGGAACAUCACGGCACUGGGAAACCUGAUCACCUGGCAGAAGGUUGAUUACGAUUUUAACUACCACCAGAUGGAAUUCCCCUGCAAUAUUAACGUGCUUAUCAUGUCUGAAGGCCGGUCUCUGCUCCCGUGCGACUGUCAGAUCCACCUGCGUCCCACUGUGAACCCCCCUGACCUGCUGGAACACCUGAAGGCUGUACAGCAUUCGCAGCUUCCGUCUCAGCUCAACAAAUACCGCGUGUACCUCACAGUGGCUCGCUCGCUGGACUACAGCAUUACCGAGGAAAUCACAAAGGCAGUGGAGGAAGACUUUGUUGAAAUGCGUAAGGACGACCCACAGAGCGUUUCUGCCGAGGACCUGCAUCGGUUGUUAGUCAUGGCACGAUUACUGGCUUUAAGUCAUGGGCAGACGACUCUAUCCAGAGAUGGCUGGAUUAAAGCCAAGCAGCUGGAGAUGCUGCGGUGCAGCCGGACACAGCAGCAGAAACGUGUGAAUGGAAAUGAACCUUAAACCGAAAUGCCUUCAAUUUCUUAUUAACUGUACCGGGGAUAAAAUGUCCCUGUUAAGUGAUGUGACUUCUUUGUUCUUUGUACAGAUUCUUUUUUUUUUUUAUACUCGAUCCUUUUAAAGGCUUGGGGGAAGAAAAUAAAUCAAUGAGUAUUUUGAAUAUAUUUUUCAUGUCUUUACAUAUUAAAGUACAAACCUGAUGUAUUAAACUUGCUUGCAGGAAAAAUGUUCUUAACGUUCUAGCUCGGACAAUGUUGGGAAUAAAAAAACAAGUUGUUUGUUAA